AGACGCGAGACGUUCAGUUUACUGUCGGUUAUUGUUGUGUGUUAACUGUGUUACACGUGCAAUUUUCACGUCGUCGCAUCUUAUCAACGCGUAUUUUCCUUCCGUAAUGAGAAAAACUGAUCUAUUUUUGAGGUGACAAAUUCUUUUUGUAUUUUUCGGCGCGCGUCGAAGUAUAGUGUGCAUCGCUGUGUCGCGAUACUAGUGUGAUGCAGUUCUGUGCUAGUGAGUGCAUUUCGUGAAUGAGAGGAUGAGAACGGUUUCCUUGUGUUGAUGCACUCGACCUAACCUCUGUUUUGGAUUAAUUAGCUGAGAUUUACGCCACAGGAUGAAUAUCUGGUGGCUGUUGGCAGGCCACCUCCUCUGUUCCAUUUUGGUGGCCGCUUACGAUGACAACGAAAAAUGUCUGGAUAUACCAGAGGUGAACCCGAAGAAAUAUUUCCACUUGAAGAGCAAGUCGUUGGCAAUAAAGCUGGAGACUUCCAGCAGAAUGACUCACCAGCUGAGUACCCAGUUGUUCUACAUAUUCAUCAAGGAGGUCCUGGGCUACUCGAGGAUAGAAAUUAAUAUGAAAGAGGACGAUUUUCAGAUUGAACCUGUCAUAGAACGGUUGUCAGAUUAUUACCAUAGAGAUGUGAUAACAGAUAUCGAACCGCCCGCCACCAUAAACCUGGAAGUGUGGAUCCGUCCCGACUACGACACCUACGCCACGCAGUUCGUGGAGGAGUGCGGCACCAUCGGGCCCCCGGGUCGUUUCGGCUGGUUCAUUCCCGCCGAACUGGACAAGCCCGUGAGGGGUUACUACGCCAAACACAGGUGGACCGAGGACAUCCAGGAGGUGCACUGGUCGCUGUUUGUCGACCCCAUGAUGGUGCAGCCCUUCGACAUCUCCAGCGACCUGCUGGGCAACUUCCUGGAUCGCAGCAGCAAAAUCAAUGGGACCAACGAGUACGUAUGCAAUAACGAGACCCUCUGCCAAAGGGGCAUGUACAUCCCCAAGCACUGCGAGAACCAGGCCUGCGCCAUACUCCUGGCCCCCCAAUUCGAGGUCAGCUCCUUCCUCAUUGACCAGAUCCAGGAGAUGAAGCUGUUGGUGAAGGUCCUGUGGCUGGGAGACAACCUGAAGAUGGUGGUGAAGGAACUGCGCCAAAUUUACUCUUUAGAAAAGACCACCCAGAGCAUCGUGUUCUUCAACUGGUUCCCCAGCGACAUCGUCGUCGAUCAGAAGCAGUUCAUCUCCGUGGUGUUCACCAACAACGAGAUCAUGAACUUCACCCGCGACGAGAACGUGGGCUACAAAUACGAGAUGCACCGUCUGGUGAAGCUGGCGUGGAGCAAGGUCGAGAAGAUCGCCAAGCCCCUGUAUGAGAGCCUCAGGAGUUUCAAGCUGAGAGAAGAAGACUACGUUUACAUGCUGAAUCUGCACAACGACAAUCCUGGUCAGUCGCUGCGGGAGAUCGCCUGCCAGUGGAUGCGGAAGAACCCCAAGGUGUGGAAGUGGUGGAAGAAGGAGAGUCCUACGGUCAUCCACAUUGGCGGAAUAUUCCCUGUGACUGCCGCUUCGUAUAACGGAAUAGGCAUAGUGGCCGGCGCCACCAUGGCCCGCGACGCCAUCAACAGAAACAAGACCAUCCUCGUCGACUACAACCUCAACCUGAUCGUGCAGGAUGGCCAGUGCAAGGCGGACAGCGUCAUGAGGCACUUCAUCGAUUUUAUCGUGGAGGGCUACUAUCCCCAGCUGGUGGGUGUGCUCGGUCCCGCCUGCUCGGAGACGGUGGAGCCUCUGGCCGGGGUGUCCAGGCACUACCACAUCAUGGUGAUCUCGUACAGCGCGGAGGGCGCGAGCUUCUCCGACAGGCAGAAGUACCCCUACUUCUUCAGGACCAUCGGCGAGAACAAGCACUACCAGCACGUCUACCUGUACCUGUUCAAGUACUUCGGGUGGAAGAGGGUGGCGGCGCUGACCGAGGACGGGCAGAAGUACACCGAGUACAUCUCUCUGAUGCAGGACGACUUGGAGAAGAACAGCAUCAAGUUCAUCGCCAACAAGAAGUUUCCCAGGGAGAGGGAAACCGAGGCCAUGACCAGGUACUUGGAAGAUCUGAAGAACAAGAGGGCGCGCAUCAUCAUCGCCGACGUGGUAGACGACAUCGCUAGAGUGGUCAUGUGUGAGGCUUACAAGUUGAAAAUGACCUCCGCCCAAGGCUACGUCUGGUUCCUGCCGAUAUGGCUCAACACCACUUGGUAUGACACCGACUACUUCAACUUGAAUAAAACAGAAAUCGUCAACUGCACCACCCAGGAGAUGAAAGAGGCCAUCAGUGGUUACUUUGCGAUGACUCAUGCCUAUUUUGCUCCCGAAGAUGCCAUAAUGCAGGAAAAUAUAACUGUGGCCCAAUGGAAACAAAAUUAUCUGAAGCGGACGCGAUCCCCAUCGGACUACGCAGGCUUCGCUUAUGAUGCUGUUUGGACCUACGCCUUGGCUCUGGAUAAACUGUCGAAAACUGACCCAGAGGCUCUGUCUGAUCUACAUUCCGAGAACACCACAAAUAAGCUUGUGAGACUGGUCGAAGAAACCGACUUCUACGGAGUCUCCGGCAGAAUAAAAUUCCGUGGGGGACCCUCCAGAUUUUCCGUAAUCAACAUAAUGCAGUGGUACGACAACUCGAUUCAUAACAUCGGCCAGUUUUAUCCCAAUCUCAGCGAUAACAAACCAGAAAUACUCGGCGGAGAACUUAAGCUUAAUACAAGCGCCGUAAGAUGGUUCACGCCAGACCGAAAGGUACCAGACGACGGAACUCCCAAACCACCCGUUUGUCACGUCCAAUUCUUAGCGGGAUUAUUCGGCGUGACUUGCGACACGGCCUGGACCAUCGUCCACGUAACCGUCGCUUCUGGUAUCAUAAUCGUUUUUAUCGUAGUGUGUUACUACGUCAUGAAACGAAACUACGAUAAAAAGGUCCAGCAAACUAGGAAAUUCAUCAGGGCUCUGGGUCUUCCCUUCGAUAUGAACAACACCAGCGACCUGGACAAAUGGGAGAUUUCCAGGGAGUCCGUCGUUAUAAAUCGUAAACUAGGAGAAGGUGCCUUUGGUACCGUGUACGGUGGUGAAGCAAAUCUCUUGGAUACCGGCUGGUGCGCCGUAGCUGUGAAAACGCUGAAGCUCGGUUCGACGACCGAGGAGAAACUCGACUUCCUGUCCGAGGCGGAAGUCAUGAAGCGAUUCGAUCACAAGAACAUCAUAAAACUCCUGGGAGUUUGCACCAAAGAUGAACCGAUCUACACCAUAAUGGAGUUCAUGUUGUAUGGAGACCUAAAGACCUACCUCCUCGCCCGUCGAAACCUCGUAAAUAAAAACUCGGACGAAUCGGAAGAGAUCUCCCCCAAAAGACUCACUAGUAUGGCCUUGGAUGUGGCCCGAGGGCUAAGUUAUUUGGCCGAAUUGAAAUACGUGCACCGGGACGUAGCGUCGAGAAACUGUCUGGUGAACGCGCAGAGGUGCGUGAAGCUCGGAGACUUCGGUAUGACCAGAGCGAUGUUCGACAACGACUAUUACAAGUUCACUAGGAAGGGUAUGUUGCCCGUGAGGUGGAUGUCGCCGGAAAGCCUGGAGCUGGGCGUGUUUACGACACAUUCCGACGUGUGGAGUUACGGGGUGUUGCUGUUUGAGAUCAUCACGUUUGGGAGUUUUCCGUUUCAGGGGAAGAACAACGCUCAGGUGCUGGAGAUUGUGAAGGCCGGUCAUACUUUGGAUAUUCCCAAAGCGGUUAAGCCUCAGUUGGAGGGACUCAUAAAAUCCUGUUGGAACAGAGACAGCAAGCUGCGCCCCGCAGCCUCAGAGAUAGUAGAAUUCCUAGCCAAUAACCCGAGACUGCUGGCGCCCUGCCUGGACGUCCCACUUUCAUCAGUCCAGCUGGAAGGCAGCGACCAAGCCGAGCUGGGCGUCCCGACAGAAUUCCGAAAAUAUUCCACCUCCAGCAAGUCUUCUCCGACUAAGCCCACCUGUAUGAUACCUCUGGAGCAAGUCGCUCCUAUAUAUCGUCCGUUCGAGGACAAAAGCGACGGUGAAAGUAUACCGAUGGAACAGGCCUGCCCCAAGGAGCCCCUGCUCGGCACGGCCAAGUCCAGUUCGAGUUUGUUAAAUCUCGGCAAGCUCGUCCGUCAACAGAAAAAGGACUCUGACGAGGACGACGACUACGUUCCCAGUUCGGCCGAAAGACAGGACGGUUCGAAGGUUUAACAUAUCGCUUAAGUAAUAUUAACGUUUUCCGUCUGUUAUCGAAUGAAAUUAUGAAAGAUCGUCUCGUCAAAUCGUUUACGCGACCGUUUUUCGCCUUCGCAACGUUCUGGUAUUAGUUUAAUUCACCGCCAUGUACAGUUAUUUUUUUAUAUACAUUUCUCAUCCUUUCCAUAAUUUUUGUCUAGUCAACGGAGACCGACGUAUCGUACCGUUCAACCACGCUCGGAAACAUAGUAUUAAUUUAGGAAUGAACACGGCGCAUCACUUUCGAUGCAUCGCGGACGUGGUACAUGCCGACUGAAGUCGCUCAUAGUAUUCUGUAAAUAUAUUCAAUCAACUCGCUACCUCAUGCCUAGUUCUUUGUUACGAAAUCCUAGUUUCCGCUUCGUCGCGUGUACCACACUUAAUCUCGAGCGAGAACCAUGACUGUUAAGUUCCUUUUAAACUUUUAGAUGUAAUUAUUAUUGUAGGAUUAAGGACUUUUAUUUGAUAUGUAACUGUUUUGUACUGAUGUAGGUGAUUUUUAACGUUACUUUUUGUCGUACCAAAAGUUUGACGAUUUUCGUCACAAGCGGGCGCGAAUGUUCUUGUUUAGUUGGAGCGAUACCAGACCUACAUUUUUUUAGAAAACUUAACAUUAUUACAUUCAUUUUUAUAUCAGAGUAUCAGAAGUGGGAUAUAUUUUUUUAUUUAAAUUAAAUUUAACGAUAUUUUAAAAAACUGUAAAAACUUUUAUAAAUAUAAUGUGAGCAACAAAGAUAGAAGCAUAAACUUACAAAUUUACUAUUAAAUAUGUUAUUUACGUCCGUCUUUAAGAAUUCGCACCGGAGUAUAAAAAAAAGUGACGUUUAUGCUUCUACACUAAAGACUCUAAAAGAAGCUAUAUUUUUUAUAUAUCCGAAAAAAAAAUAGAUGUAAAGCAGUGCACUUCUUUAAUGUAGUGGCGUAUAUAAAAUUUUGCCGCAUUUUAAACGAAUGAACUGUUAUGUUACCGUUACUUUUACGUGAAAGAAUUCGAUUCCUUUGCGUACGCUACUGCCUCAAUGUAACUGCCCGCUGCUAGCGUCUCCCGUUUUACUGCAUUUUUGAACAUUCUUAUUGUCUCGUGUCCAAAUUACCGAUAAAAUUGUCUCGGAGACCCUUCCUUAUCGGAUGAGUGUAUCGUUGUGCGUGAUUUUUUUGAUUGAAUGACGUCUGGCGUGUGUUUAAAAUUGCAUUUUGUACCUGACUACUCAACUAGCUUCUAAGUUAUAUUUAUACUAUGUAUUUCGUCCAAAUAUUUUUUCAGACUAAAGGUAUAUAUUAAG